GCAGUCUCUAUAGUGAUGAUAGGCACUUGCAGUUUCAGCUGUUGCCUCUUCUUUUUGUCAUUAGGAAACACAAACACACUUUAAGGACUGAUUAAAUUUAGACUAUCUCUGCUCCGUCACUACCAGUAAAUCGGAUAAGCUCCUCAUGAAUAAGUUGAUGAGCUCCUUCCUGCUCCCCUCCUUUCCUCCGCCCCCGCAUGCCCCAUUACAUUUCUCCAGCCCAGGCAUCAAGUUCCCCCGGGGAAAGGGCGGAGAGUUGGCCACAAACUCUGUAAUAUAAGUACCUAACAGUAAGCAGGCGAGGUCGGACAAACUGAACUUGUUUUAACGGAAACCCUAGAGAAGACUGGCGCUCUGGCUCUAAUUAACCGCUGAGUGAAAUCCAGCAGAAGGGAGCUAAAGGGCAGGCUGAAGUGAGCCGUGACCGGGAAUCCGGAGGUGUCGGGAUGAGGUAGGCGGACCCGGGUAUAUAUUAGGGUCUGGGCUGUUCUGCUGCCACCACCACAAGCGAGUGCGUCUUCAACUGGAGGUACCAUGGCAGGGAGGCGGACUAGAAACAUAAACGGAGCGGAUGUGAGGCGAUCCACGCUGGCCAGGGCCUCUGGUAUAGCCGAGCAGCUGCACUAUGAGUGCUCCACCUUACUGGAACUGUUUAGAAAGAGGGAGAGCUUCCCUGAAGAUGUGGCGGAUGGUCGUCUGGUGUCUACCCCUCCUCCUUCUUCCCAGCUGGAUGCCAGAGACAAACUCUGGUGCAUACACUCUGCGUUGCUACAAUGCCAAAACCUGCUAGAGAAAGCCACUGCCAAAGAGGAAGAGGAGCUGGGUGGUGGGAGGAAGGGUGAGUAUGAGAACCAGAGGAAGAUGGUGAAGGAAAGACUGUCGCUUCUCAUACUCAGCAUUGGAGAACUCCUCAAAGCUGCAGAUGGCACAGCCGUCUUGACUCCUAGUUUGGAGGGCUUGGAGUUAAAUAUCCCAGUCAAUCUGUUUGAGCUGAAGGUCUGGGUGUACCGGAUCUUCAAAGAGGUCGACUACUGGAGCAAGACAACCAUCACCGCCUUGAAAGACCUGCCCUCGGUCACUGUCAAAGAAGGAGUGAGGACCACGCGAGCCAGGGACAGGAGAAGCACUCGGAGAUGAGAUGGAGACACGAGGAGGGUCGAUGAGGAAGAGCAAGAUCAGGGAGAAAAUAACGGAGCUUGGUGAAGGGGUGAAGAUGAUGAGAAGAUGGUAGCAGAGCAAAGGGUCCGAUCAAAGUCAGGACCAAGUGAUGGGCAAUAGAAAUAGAAACAGCUAGCUGAGAGAGGCAGAUUACUACUGACGCAGGGAGAUGAGUAAACUGGGUUAUUGUUUAUGAACCGAGGCUGCAGAUAAGAGAGAGAGCAAAACAUUGUGCUGUGACAUUUGUUGAGACAAGAAUAUUAUAAACAUGGCAGCCUGUAAUCCCUCUCUAUAUUUAUUGUUUCUUUCUUUGUUUCUUAGUUUACACUUGCAUGUGCUGCUCCUUUGACACAGCUGAAGCUGUUACUUUGGAUGCCCUGCAGGACACAGAACACGUGAUCAGCAACGGGCACAUUUUAAUUUAUAUUAGUUGUGAACACUGUGGCUAUUAUAGCAUGCAGAUCAUUACUUGGGGAUGUUGAGUGUAUGAAUCAAAAGAAUAUGUUAACAGCACCCUCUAGUGUUUUACAGAGUGCAGUUGCUUGGAUUCCUUCUUUCUUGAUUUUCCUCAGUAAUGUAAAAUUCGAAUGUUUUAGAGCAAUUUAUUGGCCAUGAACUCAAUCAGUCUAACCUUCUGAAUGAAUUGAGUUAUAAACUGGGGCUUUAAAAAAAACCCAAGUAAUUCGAUUAAUUUGAGAUGCAAUUUUUAGUUGUUAAAGAAAAGUGAUCUACAUGUAGCAGGUCAUGUUGGAGAAAACACUGGAGUCAGUUCUGCUUUACAACAGGCACGCAGCUCAUUUUGACUACACGUGCAGUCACCCACACCGUAACUGGUUAAAUUGUGAUCACGUAUCAGCCAGAUGAGUCAGAAAUGAUGCACACAUCCUGCCAUACCUGCCUGUCUUAACCUGGACUACACUGCUAAUUAAAUUAGCCUUAGCCAAAGACUCAGAUUGUCUUUAAAGAUGCAUGAAGGCUUGGGGUACGAAACAGAAGAAGAUAAUGUAAAUGGGAUUGGAUCCUUUAUAGGGAAGUCUUGGCUAGAUAAGCGCCUGUCCAUAAUGACGUGGAGCAUAAAUUAGACAGAAAGGGCGAUGGGUGAGCAUCAACAGGUGCUUUACAAAAGGGAUCUUUUUAUUUUAAGGAUGAGGGCACCGUUUAUACUUUAACUUUUUAUAUAUAGAUUUCAUUCACUUUACUCUGUGCAGGCUGUGUUCAGUGUUUGUAGGCUAAUUAAAUGACUAUAGGAGACUGGGAGUAAACAAGACUGUGAUGUUCAGGGCCCUCGACUGUUUUUGGGCUUCUUUUAACUGAAUUUUGUAACGUGAAAGAAACAUUAAUGCUUUAGGUCCUUUGAAGUCUGAGUACGAUCAUUAAUUUCAGAGAUAAAAUGUGGCCCCCGAGAAAAAAGACUUACUCUAUAUGUGCAAUAACUUAUUCGCUUCAUCUGUUACUCAUGCACCAAACAGCACAAAUUCAUUCUGAUGAUCUGCUUUGGAGUUCAGCACUGUUUUAUUGUGAUUCACUGUUCAUAUGGCCGCUGUGUACACUGGAUGGGUUGGAGAUGACUGUCACGUUUCCUCGUUCUCUUCUUUUUUCAUCUGCUCUGUUGUUCCUGCUGUUGGAGCUCACAAAGCUGACUUUUCUUUUUUUUCCCUUUAGGCUCGUCUUCCAUUUUCAGUUCUUUAAUUUAGAAGUCCGGUUUGAACCAGGCCAAGAAAUGUUAGAGGCUAGAAGGGGUGGGCCAAAUGUGACCAAAAACUACAGGAGAGAAUGAACUUUAAAAUAAAGUGUCCGAUUUAAGCAACACAUCCUAGCUUUUGAAGGCUUAUCGGACAUGAAAACAAGUUGUUUACAGGACAGAGUAAUCAUAAAAGCGGCUUGGUGGCAUUUUACAGUGAAAGAAGGUUCUGGUUGAGGUUGAUGGCAGUGAUUGUGUGCCCUCUGCCUUGAUAACUGAAAGGGAAAUAGUCAAUUUAAGCAGCAACGUGUUACAAAAUGUUACACUGGCUUCUGGUUCCAAUGGUUUCAUGUUUUAAAUGUAUAUUUUUCUGUCUGUGCCAUUCAUAAUAAUCUGUGUUAUGGACUCACAUACACAUGACUCAUAUAGCUACAUUUAGUCUUUCCUUUUCCGACAUAUUCACGGAAAGCACCAUCGUUACAUUCCUGGCACACCAAAUGUUUUGUUUUCGUGUGUUCUAAAGAUUGAUUGAUUGGUUUUUCUGCUUUACACUUUUAUCAGUGUUUCUUCUUUUCAAAUCCAGUUUGUUACACCACAAGUUGCUGUCUUUCAUUUUUAACCUCUGGUGUAGACUAACUGAGCUACAGAUGAAUGGCUUGAAGCACAUAGGCAGGAUCGAGUUUCCUUCGUGGUUUCAUAAACUGCAAACGUACUACAGCAAUAGUGGGGGUUUCACAUUGUAAAGAUUGUAGUAAUAAAGAAUGUAUGAUUAACUCCAGAAAGUUGACUCAGUAUAGUUGCAUAAUGAUCGACACAAGUGCUGUAGCAUGAGUGCGGAGUCAAGGAGGUCAUUUAUGUAAAAAGGGAAUGACCGUCUCCGAACUGAGGAGGGGGCCAAAGAGUACAUGUUUUAACCAUCUUGCAAUGCUGUGAGUGCAGCCAUUCUCCAACUCUGUGAAUAGUACACAUAGCUACUAAUCAGUGGUCAUGACAGUUUGCAUAUCAGAGAUUGUGAAACUGAUCUUGUGGUCCGUUGCUAUGCAGUGGUGCUGGUGCUGCAGUCAGCUGAGACUGAAGGGGUCACCUGGAUGAGUGAUGAAAAGUUUCUCCCACUGAAAAUGUUGCAUCCAGACGAACAACUUCCUGCAUCAAGAGAAUGUAUAAUCAAUUCCUUUAUCAUCUGCUCAACCACAUGUAUUGAUUCACUUGUGAAUCGCUUCAGUGUUAUUAACAUUUAUGUUUAUGGUCAGCCAACAACAGCUGGGCCAACAAGUUAGUUUGAAUUCCUACUGUAACACUUUAACCAGAAACUGUCUAAUUAAAACUGUUCUGCUAUGGAAA